AACGUGUCAGUGUGUAAUAAGAUUAGAUCAACGACUCUCCGCCAUUUCGUACUGACUUCUGGAUCAGAUAUAUGCAUUAUCAUGAAUAUUGCAAACUUUAAGGAUUAGAUUUUUACAGCAACGCAAAAAUAGCAAAAUUUUCUUCCAAUUGUGAGAACUGGUUUUGAAGCGGAUUUAGUGUUUCAGAAGUUAAUAUGGGUAAUAGUAAUACUGCUGUAGACGUGGACCCUUUUGUUUCUUCAAAUAAUGUAAAGUUCUGCCUGCCGUGCAAUAAGCAAGACAACAAAAACCAUGCAGUUUACUGGUGUAUCAGCUGUCCUGAAUUACUUUGCCAGACGUGCUACGGUCAUCAUAAAGCUCUCAAAGCAACCCAAGAUCAUAAAUUGCUUAAGAUAGACGAUUAUCACAUGAUAGGCUCAAGUUUAGCAGAUUCCAUUUCUCACUGGCGAAAUGUUCAGUUAAAAGAGGACUGUUUGAAGAAAAAAGAUAUCAACCAAGAUUUGAGCACGACGAUUAAAACAAUGACGACAACGAUUGAAAAUGUUAGAACAGAUUUACUCAAUAACCAGUGGAAUAUCUCAGCUUUGGAAAAACAGAAAACUCUCUUUCAUACCGAAAUGAUAAUCGGCCGACACCGAGUAGAUACUUUCCUAAAUGAGUUUGAAAGUGACGUUAGACAGAAAUAUGAAAUAGCAUUUUCAACCUCCAAACAAAUCGUUCAGGAGAAUAUAUCAAAGAUAGAACACAAACUAAAUGUUUUGCAGAAGAGAACAGAGACAGCAGAAAACAUCAGAGAAUUCGAUUUUUCUGAAUCACAGAUGAAUCUUAUUAACAAGAAAUUUCAACAAGAUAAUAUAGAAGACAACAUGCAAAUUGAAAAUCUCAUUAAUGGAAUGAAAAAUGUUUCUAUUGUUGCAAAUCCCGUGUUUACCGUUAAUGAAGUGGCUAAACAAAUAACUCUCAGCAACGGAUUUCGAGUUUGCCAUCACAAUGGUAGUCAUAAUCAGCCAGAGAUUGGUGAAAUAGAGUCAAGCUCAUCAACAAUAGAAGCAGAGGCAGAUCUACAAUGAAAGACAUUUUACUAGACGACGCUUAACGUACUUUAGGCGAUUUCUAACGGCAGGGUACUAAAAAUACACCUUUUUUAUAGUUUUUUCGUACAUUCAGACAAAAGGUUUCGGUUAGUGGUUCUAUUAUAUCCUUAUUUACUGCAUAUUAGUCAACUAAUUUAGAAAAUGCCGAUGCCAGACUUCUUGUAUACAGCAUAAAUUGAUAUAUUACGUCGAACACAUCAAGUAUGAAGAGGAUCUUUCCGAAAUUACUGUCAUGAAACUUAAUUCAUAUAUAUUUCCCAUAGUUUUAAGAGCACUCGAUGGCAUAAAGUAUAAAACUUUCAAUUUAAUGAUUUUGUUAUUGAAAGGUAAGAGGAAUCUGA